GGACUGGGCACCUGCGCCCCAGGGCUGCCCCACGGCUGUGACAGGUGUGACGCCCAAAGGGCAGCGCAUCAGCCCCCUUGGCAUCAACGUGCACUUGGAAUGGGGGGUGUUUUUGAGGCUGUCGUUGCUGCAGCCCAGUUCACGCCCAGAAGCAGGGCGGCGGGGGGGGGGGGCUCUCUGUGUAGCCAUCCUGCUCCCCCUCAGAGGGAGAGAGAUCGGGCUGGAUCCCUUGCCAUCAAUGGCCGCCUAGGCCUCUGGGCCGCACAGAGGCCCAAACCCCCCCCCCCCCCGGCCGGCUCCAUCGCUCCCCGACCCCCCCGCCGGCUCAGCGACUCUCCAGGCCCCCCCGUCCCGGCCUGCGCGCAGGCGCACAGCCCUUCCCCCGGCCGGCGGGGCGAGCUGCGCGCAGGCGCCCUGGCGCCCGCCGGUGUGUGUGUGUGUGCGCGCGCGAGAGAGAGAGAGAAGAUGGCGGCGGCGGGAGCAGCAGCGUGAGGAGCCGAGCGGACGCCGAGCUCCGCCUUGAAGCGGGCGCGCCAUGGCCUUAAACAGCGCCCAGUAUAUCUUUGGGGAGUUCAGCCCUGAUGAAUUUAAUCAAUUCUUUGUGACUCCUCGAUGCUCUGUUGAGCUUCCUCCAUACAAUGAAACAGUUCCUUGUGGUAUUAAGUCCACAGGUGAGCGUCAUGAUGGUGCAUCCAUUUCAAUCCAUGCAACAAUAGAUCCUCGAAACACCACGGAAUGGAUUGAAACAAAGGUGGCUGGAAGCAAAGUGGAAGGGGAGGAUUAUCGGAGAAUUGAAUUUGGUGUUAAUGAAGUUAUUGAGACAGAGUCAUCUAUGCUGAAUAACACUGACUACAGUAUUUCAAGCACUCUGAAUCCUCAGGCUCCAGAAUUUAUUCUUGGUUGUGCAUCAACUCAGAAAACCCAUGAUGACAUUCUUAAUGAAACUAACUACAAUGCCAUAGACUGCCAGUUCACUGAUCCUGCCCUUGCUUUGGAUAGCGGCUCUAAUCCUGAAAGUGAUAGCUUAUCUGGGGGCCUUGGACAACGGGAGCGUAAAAAGAAGAAAAAGAGACCACCUGGAUACUACAGUUAUUUGGAAGAUGUCAGUGAUGGCAUUGUUCUUGCAGAGGCUCUCGUAAAUGGCCAUGCAAAUUCAUCAGGACUGAAUAGUAUAAGCACAGAAGAUACAGAACUUAGAGGAGAUGUACCAUUAUCAGCCUCACCAAGGACUUGUAACAGCCCUGAAAAUUCUGUGGACUUCAUUAGUGAAGCUGUGUCUGAUGAUUCUGUUUCUAGUGUAUUAGACAAUACCAGGACUGCAGGGCAGCCUGAGAUAUGCAGUGUUACCAAUUCUGAACAAUUCUGCAUCCCCUCAGAGGCUGGCAGAGAGAGCCCUUUAAGGACAGCUGUUGUAGAACCUUAUGAUGGUACUGAUACUACUGAAAAUCUUGGUGUUACUAAUGGACAAACACUUGAAUCCUCUGGUGAGGGCGCAGCUGCCAAUGGGGUAGAAUUGCACACUUUGGAAAGCACUGACUCAGACCAAACUAAGCCCGAGGAUGUUUCACCUACUACUGAGGCAACAGCCCCAGUUUCAGGAUCAGUCCCUGUUAAUCAGCCUGCAAAAUCGUGGGCUAGUCUUUUUCACAAUUCCAAGCCCUCUGCUUCCACAUCUGUGGCCUAUGUUGAGACUAAGUGUACCCCUCCUGCCACAUCUACUCUGGUCCCUGAAAAACAGGUUGAAGUCAAAGAGGGACCUGUUCCAGUUUCAGAGGAUCCUGUAGCCAUAAAGAUUGCAGAAUUACUGGAGAAUGUAAAAUUAAUACAUAAACCAGUAUCUUUGCAACCACGAGGGCUGAUCAAUAAAGGAAACUGGUGCUAUAUCAACGCUACACUGCAGGCUUUGGUUGCUUGCCCUCCGAUGUAUCACCUAAUGAAGUCAAUUCCAGUGUAUUCAAAAUCACAGCGGCCAUGCACCUCAACACCAAUGAUAGACAGUUUUGUUCGUCUAAUGAACGAGUUCACUAAUAUGCCAGUACCUCCUAAAGCAAAACAAGCUUUAGGUGAUAAAAUUGCGAGAGACAUCCGGCCUGGAGGUGCCUUUGAACCAACAUACAUCUAUAGGCUCCUGACGGUUAUCAAGUCAAGCCUGUCAGAAAAGGGCAGACAAGAAGAUGCUGAAGAAUACCUGGGAUUUAUCCUAAAUGGGCUACAUGAGGAAAUGCUGACCCUAAAGAAACUUCUUUCCCCACACAAUGAAAAAAUCUGUGUUUCCAAUGGUCCUGAGAUGCAAUCUAUAAAUGAAGAGGAGGAUCAGGAUGAACAAGGAGAAGGUAGUGAGGAUGAAUGGGAACAAGUAGGGCCCCGCAACAAAUCAUCAGUUACUCGACAGGCUGACUUUGUUCAGACUCCUAUUACUGAUAUUUUUGGUGGUCACAUAAGAUCUGUGGUUUACCAGCUGAGUUCUAAGGAGUCUGCCACUCUGCAGCCAUUUUUCACUCUACAACUGGAUAUCCAGUCUGACAAGAUACGCACAGUCCAGGAUGCAUUGGAAAGCUUAGUGGCAAGAGAGUCUGUUCAGGGUUACACCACAAAAACCAAACAGGAGGUGGAGAUCAGUCGAAGGGUGACCCUAGAAGAGCUCCCUCCCGUUCUUGUGUUACACCUCAAAAGAUUUGUAUAUGAGAAAACUGGUGGAUGCCAGAAGCUUAUCAAGAAUAUUGAGUAUCCCGUUGACCUGGAAAUUAGUAAAGAGCUACUAUCUCCAGGUGUGAAAAGCAAGAUUUUUAAAGGCCAAAGAACCUAUCGGCUCUUUGCAGUUGUCUAUCAUCAUGGAAACAGUGCAACUGGUGGCCAUUACACUACAGACGUCUUCCAAAUUGGUCUUAAUGGCUGGUUACGCAUUGAUGACCAGGCAGUCAAAGUGAUAAAUCAGUACCAGGUGGUGAAGCCGUCUGCUGAACGCACAGCCUACCUCCUGUACUAUCGCCGAGUUGACCUGCUGUGAAACUUCCCUCUUUAUGCUGUGUGUGCAAGAUACCUGCUUUGUAGAACGCCAACUAUCACUAACUUUUUUCCUCCUUUAAAUGCUCUUUUGAGUGAAUCCUUUUUCCCCUUGCAACUAUGGGAUAGAGUGAAAAAGGAAACUACCUUGAGGGUUGUACACAACAUAGUUUGUGUGUUGACUUUUGACUUUGCAGAAUGAAGUCAUUUGGUUGAAAGACUCAGUCUCACGAAUCACAAAAAGAUAAAAUAUUUCUGCGUUAAUGCUGAAUCCUAAGAUGAUAAAGGGGGUUUGCAUUUGAUUCCCACUUUCUAAUUGCAUAGUAGAAGAAAACCCUGCACCAGCAACAAAACUUGUAGAUUUCUGUGAAAAUAAGUUUUAUCUUUACUUAAAUAAAAAAAACUAAAAAAAAAAAAACAAAAAAAAACCCUCUCUGCUCCCCCAGUAGUUUUUGAUAAAUGAUAAAACUUGAGCCAGUGUGUAUCAGGAGACAAUGGUUCUGUGCUUCAAAACAAUGUACAAAAGUACAAAAUGCAGAGUUGCUGGUUCCUAACAGGAAAAAAACACAUUUUAAUAAUUGUGCGAUGAGAAACUGCUUAAGUACACAUUGCAGAUCAAAUAUUUGGAGUUAAAAUGUUAGUCUAUGUAGAUGGGUGAUUGUAACUUUAUUGCUAUUAAGAGAUUUCAAACUGCAUUUAUGCUUCUGUGUACACAAGAUUUUAAAAAAUGGGCAAAAUAAUGAAGAUUGAUAUUUCUUUAAGUCUGCUUUGUUUAAUUUUGCUGUCUGCUCUCCUAUAAUGUUGCGUUUCUAAUUGUACACAGUUUAGUGAUAUCUAGGAGUAUAAAGUUGUCGCCCAUCAAUAAAAGUCACAAAGUUGGUUUAAA